UAUGGAUAUAAAGAGUUAAAGAGGGAGAGAGAGAAAGAGAGAGAGAGAAAGAAAGAGAGUGAUAGAGCAUGGUUGCUAUCAUUUCUCUUCUCAGACCUUUGUUGAAAGCCUUGGGAUCGAAGGCAGGGAUCUUAAUCAUAACAUAGAGGAAGUAUAAUCAUCUUCCUGUAAUUGCAGAGAGUGCAAAAAAGCAUCAGCCAGAAGAGAGAGAGAGAGUGAAUAGAUAAUCAAAACAAAAGAGAGAGAGAGAGAGAGGAGACGACACAAGUUUUCAUCUUAUAUUGAGAAGCUGCAUAAAAAAAGUGAGCCUGAAAAGAAAUAAAUAAUUAAAUUCAGAGAGAAGUAGAGAGAAAAAUUAUUCAAGCUCUCUCUUUCUUUCUUUUGAAGGCUACUUUAAGAUAGAAACUUGAAAGAGUAAAGAGGAAACUCAACAAAAGUAGCUUGCAAAAAGCAAGAAGGUGUAUGGGAGUCACCUGAACUGUUUCUUUGAAUAUAGUGAGAGAUUCCAACAGCAAGCUGGGGUUAGUAAAAUUUUAAUUCCUCAUCUUGGGAUUUUCAAGCCUUUUUUGUUAAAAAAUUAUCAUUAUGGAGUCUGCAAAUAUCCAUCAUCAACAUCAGCUUCAAGACCAGCUUGUUGGGUCUUCUUCUUUACCUACCCCAUCUUGCUAUGGAGUUGCAAGCUCCCAUGCUUGGACCCCUAUCCCAAACUCAAAUGUCACUUUGAAUGCUGGUAACUUUAAUCCAAACUAUAAUGGAUUCAUCUUAAAUUCAAGGCAGAAGAAUGAGAUUCAUGUCCCUCCUCCAAAUAGUUCCAUGAUCCAAGAAUCAGGCUUACACUGGAUUAAUAAUGCCGGUACCUUCACCAGCCAGUCAGCUCAUGAUAUACACUUUUCAAAAAUUAAGGAAGAGCUUUCAGAUUCGUUCCCAAAAUUUACAGAUAUGUUAAACAGUCCCUCAAAUAUUGAAGAUUCUCAUCUACCUCCAACAAGCUACUUAAAAAAUGAGCGAAAGGGUUUGAAUGAUGACCUUAGUGAGAAGCUGUUGCUCAAGACCAUUUCUUCGGGUUUCCCACUAAAUGCGAAUCAGUUUUCUGGGGGAGAGUUUUAUUCUAAUGCUCAGAACGUUUCUAGUCUUGGAAGUGCUAUACCUAGUAGAGGGAACUUCAGCCAGAUUUAUCCGAGUAUAAAUAUUUCCAACUUGAACCAAUCAUCUUCAGCAACUUCAAGUUCCUUUGACAUGAACUUGCAGGCCUUGGAUCUACUAACCUCUUCAAGAUUCAGCGGAAAUUUUUGUGAGACUUCACAUAAUAAUCUUGGUGCGUACAGAGAGAGCCUUCCUUUUGGCCUUGAUGAUCAUAUGCAGCAAUCAAGGCGCAGGCCAUCUUCUAGUCCUACUAAAAUAUCAUCACCCUUCACCAGUGAAAUAACAGAGGCAAAGAGAUCCAGCGGUUCAGUAGAGCCAAAGGCAACACAAUCAGCACAAAAGAAGUCACGAUUGGAGUCACGCGCCUCCUGUCCACCUUUUAAGGUUAGGAAAGAGAAAUUAGGAGAUAGAAUUGCAGCCCUUCAGCAGCUGGUUGCACCCUUCGGCAAGACAGACACUGCAUCCGUACUAAUGGAGGCUAUUGGGUACAUAAAAUUCCUACAAAACCAGGUUGAGACACUAAGCGUUCCUUACAUGAAGUCAUCACGCAACAAGACCUGCAGAACAAUGCAAGGGGGAUCGAUGGCGGAGAACGUGAAUGAAGAACCAAACCGAGAUCUGAGAAGCCGAGGGCUGUGUCUUGUGCCAUUGUCAUGUAUGUCUUAUGUAACUAACGAUGGUGGUGGUGGUGGAGGCAUUUGGCCACCGCCUAACUUUGGUGAAGGAACUUAAUCAAUCUAUGACUGUGUAGUGUUAAACAAAUAUGUUUACAUGGGGCAAAUACUUUGAGCCCUAGCUGAUUGAGAGCUUAAAUUUCCUAAGCUGAAUGGAGCAAAUUUGGUCAUCCUGUUAAAAUAGGAUUCAGGAUCGACCAAGUUUGAUCCAUUAAACAAUACAUGUUCCAUUAAUUAUAUGAAUUUUAACGGACCUUCUUCCACAUUAAUUGUUUUUGUCAACU